ACAAAGAGAGGAGUGGCCGGAAGGGUACGUGAGAGAGCCGGCCAUGGAGGUCCAUACCUGAUUGCUACGUGCGCUGCGCACGUAAGCGGUUGACAGGCAGUGGCUGAUCAGAGGUGAUCGGGAGGGGUUCAGUUCGUCGGCCGAUCAGGUGAUCGAUCGAUCGAUAUCCAUCAUGGCGUAUCUCCGGAACAAGUCGAUGGAGUUCUUCAAGAGGUUCGAGAUGCCGGCGAAGAACCCGUCGGAGGACGCGCAGCGCCGGUGGCGGGAGGCCGUCGGCACGCUCGUCAAGAACCGCCGCCGCCGCUUCCGCAUGGUCCCCGACCUCGACAAGCGAUCUCAGGCUGAGACACAGCGCCGCAAGAUCCAGGAGAAGCUUCGUGUUGCACUAUACGUGCAGAAGGCUGCACUGCAGUUCAUCGACGGUACAACCCGCAAGACGGAGCACCCGCUGCCGGAGAUCGCGCGGCAAUGCGGCUUCUCCAUCAGCGCCGAGGAGCUGGCCUCCGUGGUGCGCGGCAAGGACGCCAAGAGCCUGAGGCAUCACAAGGGCGUCGACGGCAUCGCCCGGAAGGUCAACGUGUCCCUCGCCGACGGCACCAAGUCCGACGACACUGGCCUCCGCGCCGAGGUCUACGGCGCCAACCAGUACACCGAGAAGCCCCCGAGGACGUUCUGGAUGUACCUGUGGGACGCCAGCCAGGACAUGACGCUCAUGCUCCUCGCCUUUUGCGCGAUCAUCUCCGUCGUCAUAGGCCUCGCCACCGAGGGGUGGCCGAGCGGUAUGUUCGACGGCGUAGGCAUCAUGCUCACCAUCUUCCUCGUGGUCAUGAUCACCGCGGCCAGCGACUACAAGCAGUCGCUGCAGUUCCGGGACCUCGACAAGGAGAAGAAGAAGAUUGACAUGCACGUCACCCGCGACGGCUACCGGCAGAAGGUAUCCAUCUACGAGAUUGUCGUCGGCGACAUCGUCCACCUGUCCAUCGGCGACCAGGUGCCGGCAGACGGCUUGUACAUCGAUGGCUACUCGUUCGUGGUCGACGAGUCGAGCCUGUCCGGCGAGAGCGAGCCUGUGCACGUGUCGGUCGCGAACCCGUUCUUGCUUGGCGGGACCAAGGUGCAGGACGGCUCGGCGCGGAUGCUGGUGACGGCGGUCGGGAUGCGCACGGAGUGGGGGAACCUGAUGGAGACGCUGAGCCAGGGAGGCGAGGACGAGACGCCGCUGCAGGUCAAGCUCAACGGAGUGGCCACCAUCAUCGGCAAGAUCGGGCUGGCGUUCUCGGUGCUCACCUUCACCGUGCUCAUGGCGCGGUUCCUGGUGGGCAAGGCGCACGCGCCCGGCGGGCUGCUGCGGUGGAGGGUCGCCGACGCGCUCUCGGUGCUCAACUUCUUCGCUGUCGCAGUCACCAUCAUCGUCGUCGCCGUGCCCGAGGGGCUGCCUCUCGCUGUCACUCUCAGCCUGGCGUUCGCCAUGAAGAAGCUCAUGCAACAGCGCGCGCUGGUGAGGCACCUCUCAGCUUGCGAGACCAUGGGGUCGGCGAGCUGCAUCUGCACCGACAAGACCGGCACGCUCACCACGAAUCACAUGGUCGUCGAGAAGGUCUGGGCAUCCGGGGCGGCGCAGACCGUGAGCACUGCCAAGGGCUUCGACCAACUCAAAUCGUCAGUGUCAGAGAAGUUUUCGAAGGUGCUACUAGAGGGCGUGUUCCAUUGCUCCGGCUCGGAGGUCGUCCGGGACAAGGACGGCAAGACCACCAUCAUGGGCACGCCCACCGAGACGGCCAUCCUCGAAUUUGGCCUGGAGGUGGAGAAGCACACGAAAGUCGAGCACGCCGACGCCAAGAAGCUCAAGGUGGAGCCGUUCAACUCGGUGAAGAAGACAAUGGCCGUUGUUGUCGCGUCCCCGAAUGCCGCUGGCCGCCCCCGCGCAUUCCUGAAGGGCGCGUCCGAGGUCGUCCUGCAGCGGUGCAGCUGCGUUAUCGACGGCACCGGGAGCGUUGAGAAACUCACAGAAGCGAAGGCGAAGCGGGUGGCCAGCGCCAUCGAUGCGUUCGCGUGCGAGGCGCUGCGCACGCUCUGCUUGGCUUACCAGGACGUCGGCACCGGCAACGACAUCCCUAGCGACGGGUACACGCUCGUUGCAGUGUUCGGCAUCAAGGACCCCCUCCGUGCGGGCGUUAGGGAGGCCGUGAAGACGUGCCACGCAGCCGGUAUCAAUGUCCGUAUGGUCACCGGAGACAACAUCAACACGGCAAAGGCGAUCGCGAGGGAGUGCGGCAUCCUGACCGAUGACGGCAUUGCCAUCGAGGGGCCCGAGUUCCGGAUGAAGAGCCCUGAAGAGAUGAGGGAGAUCAUACCCAGAAUCCAGGUGAUGGCUCGGUCGCUACCGUUGGACAAGCACACGCUUGUGACCAACCUGAGGGGCAUGUUCAACGAGGUGGUGGCGGUGACCGGCGACGGCACGAACGACGCACCGGCGCUGCACGAGGCUGACAUUGGCCUCGCCAUGGGCAUUGCUGGAACAGAGGUUGCCAAGGAGAACGCCGACGUGAUCAUCAUGGACGACAACUUCUCCACCAUCAUAAACGUCACCAAAUGGGGCCGUUCCGUCUACAUCAACAUCCAGAAGUUUGUGCAGUUCCAGCUCACAGUGAAUGUUGUCGCCCUGAUGGUGAACUUCGUCUCUGCAUCUUUCACAGGAAGCGCGCCGCUGACCAUUGUGCAACUGUUGUGGGUGAACCUGAUCAUGGACACCCUUGGUGCGUUGGCGUUGGCGACGGAGCCACCCAACGAGGCAAUGAUGCAGAGGCCGCCGGUCGGCCGAGGCGACAACUUCAUCACCAAGGUGAUGUGGAGGAACAUCAUCGGCCAGAGCAUCUACCAGCUGAUCGUGCUUGGCCUUCUCCUCUUCAGAGGGAAGAGCCUCCUGCAGAUGAACGGCGCUCACGCUGACGCCCUGCUUAACACGUUCAUAUUCAACACCUUUGUGUUCUGCCAGGUUUUCAACGAGGUGAACAGCAGAGAGAUGGAGAAGAUCAAUGUCUUCGGCGGCAUUUUUAGUAGCUGGAUCUUCUCGGCGGUUGUCGGCGCCACAGUCGUGUUCCAGGUGAUCAUCGUGGAGCUCCUAGGGACGUUUGCCAGCACGGUGCAUCUUAGCGGGAGGCUGUGGCUCAUCAGCGUGCUCAUCGGGUCAGUCAGCCUGGUGAUUGGUGCCAUUUUGAAGUGCAUCCCUGUCGAUACUAGCAAUGACUCGUCAGGUCACCACGAUGGCUACCAACCCAUCCCCACCGGCCCCAAUGCCGUGUGAUUUUGAAGACAUUUCACAAUUCUUCUUUUCAAAAAUAAAGGAAUCGAGUUUUGUGGUUUGAAUAGUUUGGAUAGGAACAAUGGUUAAGUAAUUUGAUUUUCAUCUCUUGAAUAUUCUGUC